AUGUCAGCCACUCCACCCGCGUCCAGCCUGCUUCUAAACCCUCCAAUUGUCAGCGCGAAUAACAAACCACCUGCCAAUCCAACUCCAACCACUCUCACUCACUCCUCCAAAUUCUCCUCCCCGUCCACCAACUUCUCCCCCUCUCCCUCACUCACUCCUCAAUCCGCUUCCUCCGAAACCACAACAACUCUCCCACCAUCCCGUCUCUCCCCUCUCCAUACCCCUCACCUCGCGCCGACCUCGGGCUGCAGCUGCUACCGCGUGCGCAACGUGUACUGCUGCAAGCAGGCCCUCUGCGUCUGCCACUCGCUCUGCUUCAACGGCUCCGCGCUCCUCUCCGCCCCCACCCCUCAGCCAACCUCAGGCAGAAACAGACAGAAUCCCGGAUCUCUUCCACCCCCCUGCCUUCCGCCUCAGUACACCCUGAACCAGAUACAGCCUUCCCCAGACGGAGCGAGCAGCAGCAGCAGUGGGAUUACAGACGUGCUGUCUCCCAUCCCCUGCAGUCGCAAGGCAGAGUUCGCUGCCUAUCUCAACAUGGCUCUUACCGAAGCCCCCAUCAGAGGAGGCCUGCACGCUGCCAGUGAGGACACGUGGCGCAAGUGGGUUGGUCCGGGGGGAGGGAACAGGGACAAGGGAGGGACGGCAGAGUGGCGGGAUGGCAGCACGCUGCUGAUACCUCUGGACGACCCCACCACCAAUGUGGCUCACUUCAUUGGGAAGGCGGCUCAGAUACUGCUAGUCAACAAUGCAUCAACGCCCACGGCUCUUCCUCUCAUCACACGAUUCCUCCUGCCACGCACCCCUGCUGCUGCCUCCAGGAUGAGGCAGCACGGGCAGCGGGGGUGGAUCCCCUCCGUGCUGCACAUGCUGCUGCGCAUCGCCCUCGAGCCUCUCCUCAACCACACCGCUUCCUCCCAUCACAUCCCGUCGCUCCCACGAAGCCCUCAAUCUCUAGCCGAUGCGGUCUCGCCUGAAGUGUUAGUGGGAGCGUCCACUGGUGCAGCAGCAAGCACUGGUGCCAGCAGGGGUGGUUUGGAGGUGCUAGCAGGGGCGGUGGAGUUUGAGUCAGCAUUCAGCAGGGCAUCUGAUGCACAUCCCAUGUGCUUCCAUCGCCUUGUGCUGCCAGGCUACCUCAAGGCCAUCACCUUCCCAGGGGGCAUGGAGCAGGCGGACAUGUUCAAGCACCGCCUCAAGGAGGCCUUCCCCCACCCCGACCCCGACCCCUUCCGCGCUCUGGCGUCUCCCCACAAUGCCUCUGUGGGAGAUGCAUCUGCUGGGAGCAGUUCAGCUGAUGGUACCACUGUUCGCCUGCUGUACAUCACUCGCAAUGCAUCGCUCACACGCGGCCGCCGUGUCAUGAGUGCGGAAAGCUCCAGCGCUCUGCUCAAGCUGUUUCACCAGCUCAACUUCCAGGUAGCCCAAGUGGAGUUCACGCCGCUCACCUUUGCCCACCAGCUAGCUCUGGUACAGGCAGCAGACAUCAUAGUCUCCCUGCAUGGCGCAGGCCUCACCAACCCCGCCUCGUUCGCUCGCUCCGACUCCGUUCUCCUGGAAAUUCCCCCCUACGGAGUCUUCUACAAUCUGUACUAUUUCAUGGCGGUGAAUGCCGGGGUGACCUACAUGCUGCACCAGUGCACAGCCGGACCUGCCCCCAUGCCGGCUAAAGAUGCGGACUUUCAAGGCGUUGGUCCUGGCUCGGAGACUGGUUUUGGAUGUGAGGAAAAGGGGGAGUCGCGAAGGAGGAAGGAGGCUGCGGAGGACGUAUGGGAAGCUGUGUGUGUCAAGGAAGAGGAAUAA